AUUAUUGCCCCGGAUGUGGUUCAAAAUUUCAAACUGAAGAUCAGAAAAGGCCAGGUUAUUUGAUCGUUCCAUCAGCAACUCCUAAACAACCUACAAUUAAAACCGGUUCAAACAACUUAAAUAAUGAAGAUAUUGAGAAGAUUAUCAGAUUAAUGCCAGAUGAUAUAAAAAAGAAGCUCUAUCCAGUAGGAGAAAUUGCAGAUACAAGUUCAUUGGAAUCGAUAGAGGAACGAAGAAGAAUAGAUGAAUCAUUGACUACCGAUAAAUCAAUAUUGUCAUUUUUGAAAAAGAAGGAGGAUGCCAUAAUCGUCACAGUAGUAGAUAUUUUUGAUUUUCCAGGAUCGCUUUUAGAAGACCUUGAUAGCCUAAUUGGUACGGAUAAACAAAAUAUUUUAGUUGCAAACAAGAUGGACCUCCUUCCUAAUGACGUAAACGAAAUGCGAAUUAAACGAUGGCU